AUGGAUGCCCCAGCGCGUCCAAGGCACAUUUUGGUCAUCGGAGGAGGCGUUUGUGGUCUGGUAACGCUGAGAAAUCUCGUUGAGCGUGGUUCAUUUGAUAAAGUAGAGCUCGUGGAACGUAGAGAUGAUGUAGGAGGUGUUUGGUAUCUUGAUGAACACGAUGCCUCUGAAAAGAAACCACGGUGGCCAUCACCUGCUUAUCCGGGUCUGAUUGGGAACGUACUUCCAGAAUUCUUAUCGUUCUCUGGGGCUCCAUUUCCUCAACCACCGAGCACACCUCAACAACCGUUUCCAACGUUGAAGGAAACGCACGAUUAUCUGCGUGACUUCGCCAAUCGCUAUCUGGAGCAAGGCAAAAUCCACCUCAACACCGAGGUUGUGCGUGUAGAGGAGCUUCAAGAUGGCAAAGGCUGGAAUGUAGUGACUAGGGAUUGGAGUGCCGACGGCAAGGGGCAAAUCUCAUCACAAGUAUGGGAUGGAGUUGUUAUCUGUACUGGAUGGUACGAUGAUCCCCUAUGGCCUGGAACUGAAGGAAUAGAUAUUUUGAAAGAGAAGGGUUUAGCUCUGCACGCUAAAUGGUACCGAGGUCCUCAGAAAUACGCAGGAAAACGGGCUCUGAUUAUCGGCAACGGUAAUUCCUCCAACGACAUCGCCGCCCAUCUCGCACCCUUGGCUCAAAAUCCCGUCUAUCGCAGUAUUCGUCGACCUGCUCUCAGACAUUUCGUCAGUCUCCCGGAUUCCAGGAUUCAGGACGUUGUUCCCGUGAAGCGAUUUACUCUACAAGGUGACGGGAAAAUCACAGCAGAGCUCCAAGAUGAUACUACGAUUCAGGACAUCGAUGUCGUCUUUGUCGGAUCGGGUUAUUUCCCGAACCCUUCUUUCCUCUACGUUCGAGACCCCAACUCAUCCACAGGUUCCCUUGCACCACUUAUGUCUCAAGUUUCCCGUGAUGCUCCUCAAUCUCGUCGCAUUCCAUCCUUACAUAGGCACAUAUUAUAUGCCUACAAUCCGAGCCUCGCAUUCAUUGGGUCCGUCAUGUGCUUCACUCCCUUCACCAUCGCCGACGUCUCGAGUACAUGGCUUACAUUAGCAUGGACAAAUGAAGUCGCGUACCCCUCUACCCCCGAAGAACUGCUGCAAUUCGAGAAGGAUCGGAUAGCAGACGUCGAAAAGCGCCGCGGGAUUGAGGCUCAGGAGACUGGGCGGGAAGCUUCUUCCUUGUUCACUUAUAGUGCCUUGGGAACUAGUGAAGAGGAUUACGCUGCUGGUCUUAAGCGAGAGAUAGUUGCUGCCAGACCCGAACUGAAGGAUUCGUUACCGGAAUGGAGUGAUGAGCGGAGAACAUGGAGGCAGUCAAUGUAUCCGGUCAAAUAUCAAUCAUUGCAGUGGUUGAAGACGCAGAGAGAGAGGAUAGUCGAUAAUGGUGUGGUCAAUGGCAAUGUAUAA